AUGCGGAUGAUGAAGGGUUUGUUCCGUGCGCUCGCUCCCGCUUACGAGGCGGACGGUAUUGACUCUUGCAUCGUCGGCGCCCUCACCGACACCUCUCGCGCACGCUCUGGUCGACAGCCGCUCGACUGCAAGCUCUUCAACCCUGCCGACAAGCGCACGGAGAUCACGUACCCUCUGCUCGCGCAACAAACCGAGGAGCACGAGAACAAGAGCGAGGCUGACGUGGAGAAGUUCGCCGCGCGUAGUCUGCGCGCGCUCGCUGUCCCCUACGAGGAGGUUGAGGGUGAUUACAUUGAGGGGGACAGUAACGGUUGCGGGCUGAUUGGUCUUCUCCCUAUCUUCGACCCUCCCCGUACCGGUACCAAGCAGACGAUCAGCGACACCAUCAUGAUGCUUCUCGGCGUCCAGCUCAAGAUGGUCACCGGCGACGAGCUUCCCAUUGCCAAGGAUAUCGGCCAUCGUUUCAAGCUCAGGGACUACGUGUAUCCAGCUAAGCUGCUCGAGGAUGAUCCCGAGGCCGGUGGCAUGCAUGCGUCACUCGACGAGAUCAUCCGACGGUAA